CAUAACUGGCGCCUUGAAGGCUAACCGGCUUGCCAUUAUAAUAAAUGCGACUGGAAGAGAGCACCGCAACCGAAACCAAAACCGAGUAAGCGGCAUAAGCUGUAGCUGUUGGCUUAUCGGUCACUAAGCCGCCCUAGCAACGUGCUCCAUAGAAACGCCACGACACGACACCCACCAACAGCAAAAGCGACAGCAACGCCAACACCAAAGGAUUGCUAGGCUAGAAAAUUCCUUCGCUCGGCAGUUCGCUGUUUACACUACGUGGCUGCACAUCGUCGUACUCCGGAAUGGCCAUGGCCCAAACGGCACGCACCGCCACGGGAAGGCGUCCGACGACGCACGACUUUCACACUCCGGCCAUCUCGCUGAAGCAGGUCCGCUCCAAGUCCGCCAAUCCCGCUCAACUGCGUCCACUAAGCGGCAUCCACGGAGCGGCCGUUUCCUCACGCCCACGCUACGUGCCGCCCUUCUCCAUCCAGUCGCAGCAGAAGAACACCGUUGUCAUCGACGGACCCAUUUAUGAGUCCGCCCCCAAGACAGCCAGUGCCAGGGCGCGGGUCCCCAACCCGAAAAUUCUGAGGCGGCAGCAAAAGUCCAUGUCCACCUUCAAUUUGGGCCUGGGACUCAAUGGACCUGCCGCAGGAGGGGCUAAUGAUCCCGGGCGAGGAACCCUGUUUCGGAUGUACUUCGACCGCGGCGACCUGCCCAUCAAGAUGGAGUACCUCUGCGGGGGCGAUAAAAUUGGAUGGACGGUGGACAUUGAAAAGCUGGACUACAGCCUCUAUCUGCCGCUCUUUUUCGACGGACUGGCGGAGACCAAGCAUCCAUACAAGACGUAUGCCCGCCAAGGGGUCACGGAUUUGCUGCUGGCCGGGGGCGAGAAGAUACACCCGGUGAUACCGCAAUUAAUAUUGCCGCUAAAGAACGCAUUGAGCACACGAAACCUGGAGGUAAUGUGCACGACAUUGAAGAUAAUCCAACAGCUGGUCAUGUCCUCGGAUUUGGUGGGACCCGCCCUGGUGCCUUUCUACAGGCAGUUGUUGCCCAUGUUCAAUGCCUUUAAGGUGAAAAACUUAAACUGCGGCGAUGAAAUCGACUAUGCCCAAAAGAACAACCUCAAUCUGGGGGACCUCAUCGAUGAGACGUUGCAAGUGCUGGAACUGCACGGCGGCGAGGAUGCCUUCAUCAAUAUCAAGUACAUGGUUCCGACCUACGAGUCCUGCUAUUUAAAUUAAAUUACGCUUUAUGGUUUUGUCCCUUUACAUACAAUAUCAUAAGUAUUUAUUGAAAUUUACAAAACAUUACAGAAUUAAAUAGAUAUUUGUUACUAAAGA